CUGGCCCCGGGGGCGGCCGAGGCGUCGGUGGCGGCCACGACCGAGGCUCCCCCGGUGCUGUCGGGGCGUGGCGUGGCCUAAUUAGACCCGCGGCCUAAUUGUGGCCGUGUCCGAGGGGCCGUCCCGCCUCUUCCCUUCCCCAUGUCCCGCCCCCACUGGCAGCCCAUUGGCUCACGUCCCUCCGCCCCCGCGUGUGAUUGGCUGUUAGACCCGCCCAUCGCGCGGUUGCCGAGCAACGCCGGCGCGACAGCAAUGGCGGCGGCGGAGAAGAAGGAGGAGGAGAACAUGGAGGCCAAGGCCGAGGAGGCGGCGGCGCUGUCGGAGCUCACGGCGCUGCUCUCUCCGUCCUCCCCCGCGGCCGCGGCGGCGGCGGAGGCCGCGCUGUCGCUGUCGGGCGGCGCGGCGGGGCGGCGGUUGCUGGCGGGCAGCCCCGCGGCCUUGCGGGCCCUGCUGGCGCUGGCGGCGUCGGGCCCCGUCCCGCGGGGCGGCCGCGGCCGGGUCGGCGCUGCUCAACGCGUCGGCCGAACCGGCGGCCCUGGAGCCGCUGCUGGAGGAGCUGCCGGCGCUGGCGGCUCUCCUGCCCGCGGGUUGGGCCUGCGGGGUGUUGGCCAACGUGAGCCGGGAGCCCCGGGCCGUGCCGGGGGUGCUGCGGGCGCUGCCGCCCGCGCUGGGGCCGCCGCUGCUCGGGGAUCCCGCGGAGCUGCCGCCGCACCUCGGGCCGCUCCUCUGCAACCUCAGCCGCACCCCCAGGGCAGGGCCGCCAUCCUCGACCCGCCCGGCGGGUGGUGCAGCGGCUCCUGCCCCUCUCCAAUCCCAGAAUUCCCUGGAGCUCCGCAGGGGGGUCGUGGGGGCCCUCAGGAACUGCUGCUUCCAGCACGAGCACCACGAGCGGCUCCUGGGCGAGGCCGUGGAUCUGCUCCCGUUCCUGCUGCUCCCCUGGCGGGCCCCAGGAGCUCCCCGAGGAGGAGAUGGAGCAGCUCCCCCUGGACCUUCAGUACCUCCCCGAGGACAAAAGCGGAAGAGGAUCCCGAAAUCCGGAAGAUGCUGCUGGAAACCCUCCUGUUGCUGACGGCCACGGGGCCCGGCCGGCGCCUGCUGAGGGCCCGGGCACCUACGUGGUGCUGAGGGAGCUGCACGGCUGGGAGAGGGACCCGAGGUGCUCAGGGCCUGCCACAAGGUCAUCCAGGUCAGUGGGGGGUCAUGGGGUGCUCAGGGCCUGCCACAGGGUCAUCCAGGUCAGUGGGGGCACCCCGAGGUGCUCAGGGCCUGCCACAGGGUCAUCCAGGUCAGUGGGGGGGACCCCGAGGUGCUCAGGGCCUGCCACAAGGUCAUCCAGGUGCUGAUCGGGGACGAGCCCGAGGCGGGCUGGAGAACCUUCUGGAAGUGACGGUGCCCGAGGAGGUGGAGCAGCAGCUGCAGCGCC